ACCAAGAUGUAGACCUAAUGAAGGGCUUAAAUACACAGUUGUUACAGGAAAAAUGGUAAAGAAGAAUUCUACAAUGCCAAAUACUUGGAAACAUGUUACAGAAUCAGGGUAUGCUAGGGAUAAAUUAGUAGCCCUUGCUAAAAGCAAUGGUCAUAAUAUCAACAAUAAUAGUUCAAGAUUUAUUCCACCUGGCUCUACAGCACGACAACACAAAUGUGUUUCUUUUGACAACACUUUAUGUUCUCAUGCAACUGAGGAGCAAUCUUCAAAGACUUACACAUUUGAACCCAGUUCAGUAAAGCACACAGUCAAUUUGACUUUGAAACCAGAGCAUUAUGAAGAGUUUCCAACAGGAUCUGAAGAAAGUUGUCAUUUUAAGUCUGAGAAACAAGAUCAUGCACACUUUAAAGGAACAUUUCAAGAUCAUUUAGAAGAUAAUGGAAAUAAAAGGAAAACGUAUGAAAGUAUGAAACCGCAUGCAAGCACAUCUAAAAGUCAAGAGAAACAGAUUGGAUCUCCAAUAGCAGACCAACAUUUACUGGGAUAUGACUGGAUAGCUGCUUUAUUAGACAAUGACUCAACUCUAAUGAAUGAAUCAGAAAGUUUUUUUGAUGAUCUUAAGCUUUUUAGAAACAGUCAUAAACUUGACUGCUGUAAUGACACUUACAGAGAUGAACCCUACCGCCUGAUUGAAUUUGAACCAGAACCAGUGGUUGAUGCUUUGACUAAAUCAAAGCUGCAGCCGUAUUUGGUCAAUGACAGAUUGUUUACAGAGAAGUCUGGCUUGAUCCAAACAGAAAAUAAAAAGUGCCAAAAUUUUAAUGAGCCCAGAUUUGUCAGGGUUAGCAUUCCAAGAUCUGCUAUACAGAAACCCAGUAGACCAAAGCCUCAUCGAAGAGGAAGUUUUGAUGCUCAUGAUUCUUGUGCACUAAUGGAUCAUUGCCUACUGGGAUGGGAGAAUACACGACCUGUGAUGAUGCCAUCAGCCCAACCAAUUGAUAUCCACUCUCAAGUCAAGUCAGUCUCCAAAAGUUCUGUAACACAGACACUAGCAGAAGCUGAGGCAAUGGCCAAUAAAAAAGGGAGUUUACCAUCCCUUUCAAGAUGGAGACAGCAAUACAUGAACACAGCAGCCAACUUUCCUGCUAGAGACAGCCUAUCCUCCUUGAAAUGUGGAACAAAGUCUGGCCAACUAAAAACAGUGACUGAUAAGCUGCUGGAUUCAACAUACCACAUGAUGUAUGAGAUGGAGAGAGAAAAAGGGGACAGAGCUAAAUCAAGUUACAGUUGUGAAGAACAACUGUUAAGACACUAAGGGUGAGAAUGCAAGACUAGCAUGGUU